AUGCCAGCCACAGGAUCCCCCUACCAUCUCAUGCCAGCCAGAAGAUCCCUUUACCACCCCAUGCAAGCCACAGCAUCCCCCUACUAUCCUGUGCCUGUCACAAGAUACCCCUACCAUCCCAUACGAGCUACAGGGUCCCCCUACCAUCCAAUGCCAGCCAGAGGAUCCCCCUACCAUCCACCACAGGGCCCCCUACCAUUUCGUGCCAGUCACAGGAUCACCCAACCAUCCCAUGCCAGCCAUUGGAUCCCCCAACCAUCCCAUGCCAGCAACAGAAUCCCCCUUCCAUCCAAUGCAAGCCACAAGAUCCCCCUACCAUUACAUGCUAGAAAAAGGAUCUCCCUUUCAUCCCAUACCAGCAACAUCAUCCCCUACUAUUACAUGCUAGCCACAGGAUCCCCCUAUCAUCCCAUGCCAGCCAAAGGAUCCCCCUAUCAUCCCAUGCCAGCCAAUGGAUCUCCCUACCAUCCCAUGCCAGCCACAGGAUCUCCCUACCAUCCCAUACCAGUAACAGGAUACCCCUACCAUCCCAUACGAGCUAAUGGGUCCCCCUACCAUCCAAUGCCAGCCAGAGGACCCCCCUACCAUCCAUUUGAGGAAACCACCAUCCACAUGAUCCCAAUACCAUCCUAUACCAGCCACAGGAUCCUUGUACCAUUACAUGCUAGUCACAGGAUCCUCAUACUAUCCCAUGCCAGCAACAGAACCCUCUAUUAUUACAUGCUAGCCACCAGACCCCCUACCAUCCCAUGUCAGCUACCAAAUCCCCUACCAGUACAUGCUCCCUACCAUCCCAUGCAAGCCACAGGAUCCCCCUACUAUGCCAUGCCAGUCACAGGAUCCUUCUAUCAUCCAAUGCCAGCCAGAGGAUCUCCCUACUAUCCAGUGCCAAUGACAGGAUCCCCCUUCCAUUCCAUACAAGCCAAAAGAUCCCCCUACCAUUCUAUGCCAUUACCAGGACCGUCCUAUCAUCCCAUACCAGCUGAAGGAUCCACCUAUUAA